UUUGGGCGGAUUGUUUACAAAGAGAAAAGUUGUUUACGGAACCAGACAAGCCGCAUAAGGUUUAUUCUAAUUUUUAGCAGCAAAUACAGCAAUUACCCUAACUAGCCUGUGCCGAAUGGCUGCCACACGGGAACGCCGCUCAAAUGCCGGCCGACGGAUGGCCACCCUGCUGAACGAGGAGGAAGAGGACGAAUUUUACAAAACUUCCUACGGCGGCUUCAGCGAGACGGCGGACGAUGGCGACUACGUUCAAAAGAAUGAUGACGAGGAAGAUAUCGUCGAUUCCGACUUCAGCAUUGACGAAAACGAUGAGCCCAUUUCCGACGCGGAGGAGGAACCGGCGAAAGGUAGCAAACGCCGGAAGGUGGGCACGGUGACGAAGGCGUAUCGGGAACCGGCCCCCAAGAAGCAGACCCCCGCCAAAGCGAAGGAACCGAAGGCAAAAGCCGAACGACAGUCGACGCUGCGCAAGCGGCCCAAGUUUACCGUGAUCGACUCGGGGCGCAAAUCAUUCCGCAAGUCGACGGCGGCCAAAACGGCCGCCACGCAGAGCCGGCUCAAGCAGCGGUUCGAGGCGGAACGGAAGCGGACGCGAGUCAUCCGAACGGAGGAGUACAUCCCGACGCAGGAGGAGCUGCUGGAGGAGGCGGAAAUUACCGAGCGGGAAAAUAUUAAAUCUUUGGAACGCUUCCGAAGGAUGGAGCUAGAAAAGCAGAAAAUUAGACCGACGAAAAAGAAGUUCACCGGACCGACGAUUCGCUACUUCUCCACCGCCAUGCCCAUCAUCGAGGAGGUGUACGAUAGCAACACCGAGGUGGACCCACUCAGCAUAAGCGACCCGAAGGAGGCGGAGGAUACGAACGACAAAACCGCGAGAGAAAAGACUGUAAAACGAAGCAGAAGCAAGAAAACCACCCUGAUGGAGGUAACCGGCCAGUACGAGCGCACGUUCAUCACAUUCGAGAACGACAUCGACAACAAGCUGUUCGAGUCGUACUUCCCCACGCCGGACGCGGCCCGCAAGCAUCGGCAGGUCUGUGCCGUCACGCGGCUACCGGCCCGCUACUACGACCCGAUCACGCAGCUGCCCUACCGCAACAUGCAGGCGUUUAAAAUCCUGCGCGAAGCGUACUACCAGCAGCUAGAGGAGCGCGGCAACACGGACAAUCCGGACGUGGCGCGAUGGUUGGAGUGGCGCAAAAAGAUCAAGGAGUAUCGGAUGACCGCAAUGAAGAAGCUGCAGCCUCCGAAACCUCCGACGACGGUGGCGGCGGCAGCGACAACGACGGCGGUAAGUGCAACCGGGAGUGUGGGAAAAUGAAUCUUCUUUCCUUGUUUUUUUUAUUUUAGAGAUAAUUUUUAAGAACGAAAAACACCCGAUGCGAUAGUAAAAUAAAGUGGCUGUAACGGGAGAGAAA